AUGCAGAUUAAAAGGAAUAGACCAAAAAUGGGGGUUCCUAAGUCAACCAUUCUAAAUACUCCAUAAUCUACAAACCCGUCGUUGCCAAGUAAUAAAUUGAUUGGUUAAAGAACAAUUCAUGAACCCUUCACAGAUUAGAGCCAGAGUAUAAAUUUGCAGAGAUAACAAAAAGAAAUGAAGCAAACACUUAAAUUAUCUCCUGUCAAAUAAUUAUCCCCAUUCAAUUUGGAUUCCACUUUCCGAUAAAAAACACUCAUUUAAAAGACCGAAGGUAGUGCAUCUGACCCUCUUCUUAAAAUUAAUCUGAAAAACCUUGAAAUUCCAAAGGAUAAACUUCUAUUUGCUACAGAAACCAAGCAUAUUUCUAAAUCACUAAUCGACUUAGAUGAUCAAUUCGAUUACAUUAAGACUUUUCGAGCAAUGCCUAUGCAAACUAUAAAAGAAAUCUAUGAUACUGAUCGCAAAGAGAUAGAAAGAUUAAGUUCAGCAGAGAGACAUAUUCCCAUGGAUUCCAGAUUAGCUCCAAUAAGACCAUAACUAUAGCAACCAAAUAUUCCAGAAUUUCGUAAAUAUUUUAAAGAAAAUGAAAGAUUUCAAGAAAUGCAGCAAUUUUAUUAAAUUGAUCCAAAUAUUUAUUAAAAAAUGACUGAAAAAAUUAAAUAAGAGAAAUUAAUGCCUAGAGAGAUGAAACUAUUCACUAACAAUAACAAUGACAAACUUAUAGCAAAUAAUUUAUUAGGAUCUGAUAUGUACGUAGAUCUGUUUUCUGAAGGGCUAUCCUCAUCUCAUUUUAGCAAUUUAAAGUCACUCUAAAUGAAGAACAAUAAAUUAAAUAACAAUAGAAUCACUAUGAUAGCCAAAAAUCUCCCUAGUAGCAUUAUUGAUCUGGAUUUCAGUAACAAUGCUAUAGGAAAUGGAGGCAUUGCUAGCAUUUGCGAUUUCUUAAACUCUAAAAAUUGCUAUUUACAAAUAUUAAAUUUAGAAGAUAAUAAAUUAAGAGAUGGACCUAUAAUGACUAUUCUUAAGACCCUUCAAUAGAGUAAAACCAUAAAAGUCAUAAAAUUUUCAAAAAACUAUAUUACUGACAUUAGCAUGGAUUAGUUUGGAAAUCUAUUGAAAACAAGUAAUUCAUUGUAAGAAGUGUACUUGCAUUAUAAUUAAAUACGAAACCAAGGAGGAACUGUAUUCUUUAGGGCACUUCUAAAAAAUUAAUAUAUGAAAGUGCUAGAUUUCUCUUUCAAUAAAUUGGGAUAACACAAGGAAUGUGUGUAGAUGAUAUCUGAGGUCUUAGGCAAACCACAUUCCGAAUUAUCUCAUCUUGACUUAUCAUAUAAUAAUUUCAAUAAUGAAGACUCCAAAAUAUUCCAUCAAGCUGUUAUGUUUAAUUAAAUAAUAUACGGAUUUCAUUUUGAGGGCAAUGGAGAUUAUUGUAUCAACACAAGAGGGUUUUUUGUCAAUCAGAAAGAAUUAGAUUAGGAAUACAACGCCUUGGUUUCAAAAUAAUCGAUAAGACUGUCGACACAAUAAUUUGUUGAUUAAAGUCUCAAUAAAAUAGAUUUGAAGAAUAAAAUGAACAAAUUGGAUUAGAAUUUUCAAUUGGCAGAUCCAUCCUUAUUCAAGAGAAUCUAAAGUACAGAUUGGACAAACAAUAAGUCUCGAGAUAAUUGUUGGCUAUGCGAGGGUUGGACGGAAAUCAGAUUUCAAUAUAUAGUUGGUAAAUCAGGAAGUAUUAGCGACUAUCCAAUAUAUUUGCAUUUAGAUUUUGAAAAUUAUAGGCCAAUGAUUAUGGAAUAGGAUUAAUAGAUCUUUUUUCUAUUAAGAAUGUGUCCGCCAAAUAGAAAGAUUAAAUAUUUUUUUAGUAAUCCCUUUUUAGAUAUUUAAUUUACAGCAAAAGAUCAACGUAUAACUGCAUUAGAAGAUUUUGAACCAAUUAAAAUGUAAGGGAUACCCAUGAUCUAUGCAGAUACUUCUAUUGUUUAUAGUUAAAAGAUUUCAAUAGUCAAUUAUUUGUCAGCCACGAUCAAUAAGAAAGUACUUGACUCAUAAAAGCACUAUAUUCCCACAGUAUUAUCUAGACCUAGAGAAUAAGAGAAAAUAAUUUAUAUAGAUCCUAAUAAGGCAAAGGAGAAAAUAUGGUCAAUUGAGAAUUCAAUCUUUCGUGAUUUCUAGGCAGAUACAGAAGGACAUCUUUUAGAUUGCUUUGAUUUUGAUUUCGAAUGUGGAAGAUUAUAAAAACAUAUCCCUGAUCCUGAGGAUUUGGAAGUUUUAAAAACAAAGGUAAAAGUAUUCUACAAGAAUAUAUUGGCAUGUUAUAAAUAUUACUGUGCUGAAACUCUAAAUUACGAAAUUCCCUGUUUGAAUCAGUAAAGCUUUAUUGAUUUUAUAUCACAAACUCACAUACUUUCAAAAUCAAUAUUAAACAACAUUGACUUAUAAUUAACUUAUUUGUCAAGUUAUGUUGUUCAGAAAUCAGCUGAAUUUAUUCAUGUCCUUGAUAAAUGCUUAGUUAGAUAUCAAUUUCUUGAGAUUAUUAUUCGUUUGGCUAAGGAAUAAUAUUUGAGAGUGAAUCAAUGCAAUAAUAUUACCGAAGCUUUGGAUAAGUUGUUUCAGUAAGAUAAGGUUCUAGAUUUGAUACAAGAAUAUGGAGUUCCUUAGGAUUGGAGAGAUAACAGAUAUUGGACUUAAUUAAUGGAUUCCACUAUAAAAAUGAAGAUCCAAUUUCUAUAGUUAAUGUAUGAUUAUGCAUCAAAGAUUACAUUCAAACAUACUAAAUAUGUAACUCUGACAGAUUUCAAACUGUUUAUCGAAUAAUUAGAUUUAGGAAAGUACGUUUCUGAGAAAGAACUCUACUUAAUUUAUCUACAGAGUAUGUAAACAUAGAGAGAUGAAUUGAGAGAGUCUAAACAUGUAUAGAUGCAAUUUUUAGAAUUUGUUGAAGCUAUCGCACGAUUAGCAGAGAAAAUAUCUCCAAUAUCACCAAUGUAUGCUGUUCGUAAUCCAACAGUUAAUAAAAUAACUAGAAAGUCCUUACCCUUAUUUGUUAAAUUUGAAGGGCUUCUCUUUAUUAUAUUUUAAAAGAUUAAAUAAGGGAUUACUACAAAAACAAAUGAAUAAUAAAUUUAAGAGUUGGAAAAAAACGUUAUUUCCAAAACCAUAUUGAAAACAAUUUAAGCCAAGAAAUUGGGAGUGUUUGAGGAGGACAGAAGUUCAGAUGAGGAAAGAGAGAAAGAGUCAAGAAAUGUGCCAUUAUUACCAGAUGAGAAAGAUUUGUAGGAGAUAAAAGAGAAGAAAGUGGCUGGGAGCGGAUGGAGUAAAUUAAGGAAUUGGGCAAAUAAAAAAAAAUUGUAGAAAUAGGGAAAUCCAGAAUAGAUUAACAUGUUAAAACAAUUAUAAACAUAUUAAGAUGAAGAGGAAAGAUAUGUGUAAGUGGAAUAUGAGCAAGCAUCAAUUUAUGAGAAGAUGGAAAUCAAACAGAGACAAAAAAUGAAGUAAGAGUUUCAAAGAACUAAAUUAAAUUAAGAACCAACAUUCAAAUUUGAAGAGGAAGAUGAAUUUAAAAGAUUCUGA